GAAAGAGACAGAGAGGAGUGGGGUGGGUGUGCUCCAGUGUUCUGGUGCCCACGGCUCCCCCUUUUCAACCAUCCUUAAUCACCCUUCGCUUCACUUUAUUAUUCUAUCUCUCUCCUUCUCUACGGACAACAACACAUACUUUCUUUUGUUUUUUUUGUCGGAGCGCACAACCAGCCUUUUUCAUCCAAAACACGACGUCGUUCCAAAUCGACUCCUUCUCUUCUCUCUCCUCCGAGUUCGAGCGGAUUGAAGCUCAAAGUCCCUCUCCCAGCAAUCCAAUUCGCUGUGACAGAAACCCCAGCGUUUACUUUUUUUUUUUUUGUUUGGUUGAAUUCAGAGAGCUUUUUGUUUGUUCGGGGAAUAGGGGUUCAAACUGGCUAUGGACUACGAGCCCUACGAUAGCAGCGGUGGGGGAUUGUGAAGUUUAGGUUUUUGGAAGGGGAAGAGGAAAAGAGUUUAAGUUCAAUUAACCGAACUGAUGAUGACCUGCCUCCAACGCAUCAAAAUAGAAUUCCUAGAGGAGGGCGUGUUGCAGGGAACGGAAGAUCUGCUGUGGCUUCCGCCCCAUAUUCUAGAAUGUAUGGUGAAACAGAUAUGGAAACCCAAAUUCACCAGCUUGAGCAAGAAGCAUACAGCUCGGUUCUAAGAGCCUUUAAAGCUCAAGCUGAUCUUAUUACCUGGGAAAAGGAAAGUUUAAUAACAGAGCUGAGAAAGGAGUUGAGAUUAUCAAAUGAGGAGCACAGAGAGCUUCUAGGACGGGUUAAUGCAGAUGAUGUCAUACGAAGAAUAAGGGAGUGGAGACAGGCAGGUGGUAUGCAACCUGGCAUGCUCAGUACUGGUCAAGCUGUUCAUGAUCCAAUACCCAGUCCCACUGUCUCUGCAUCUCGCAAGAAGCAGAAAGUCACCCAGGCAGUACCUGCUCAAUCAUUUGGUGGGCCAUCUCAACCGUUUCUUCCACAGGCAGUAGCUGCACCCCACCAGCCAUCUUCAUCAACUGCUAAACGUGGAUCAAUCCCCGGAGGCAAGGGCAAGAAACAAAAACCUACAUUACCUGGUGUAUCUUCAACGAAGCAAUACCCUUCUUCAGGUCCACUUGGGAGGGGUCAAGUAGCUAAUAGGGUUUCUACCGGUGCAAUUAUGAACGAGCCUGGCGAAGGGGCAACAUUAGAUUCAUUAAUUGGGAGGAAAGUUAGGACCAGGUGGCCAGAUGACAAUAACUUUUACGAAGCUGUAAUAUCUGACUAUAAUGCUGCAGAGGGACGCCAUGCUUUGAUUUAUGACAUUGGUUCUUCAAACGAGACAUGGGAGUGGGUUAAUCUUUCAGAGAUAUCGCCUGAUGAUAUUCAAUGGGUCGGUGAGGACCCUGGGAUCUCUCAUCGUGGGGGCUAUGGUGGAUUAGGUCCUGGAAGGAAUAGAUCUGUAGGCCGUGAUAGUAUCCCAGCUGCAGGGAGAGGCAGAGGGGGUGCAAAGGGUCAAUCCAGAAAAGAUUUUCUGCCGUCACAGAAUGGCAUUGGAAAGAAAGUGCCAGAUGAUAUACAAAUACUUCACACAGACACAUUAAUCAAGGAGGUGGAGAGAGUAUUUGGUGCAAAUCAUCCCGAUCCUCUUGAGAUUGAGAAAGCAAAGAAAGUAUUAAAGGAGCAUGAACAAGCACUUAUUGAUGCAAUUGCAAAGCUGGCAGAUAUUUCUGAUGGUGAAAGUGGUGCAUUGGAGAUGCUCUAACAGCUCCGUCAGAGAUGCUUCUUAUUGCUACAUGGACCGUAUAUAUAUUGAAAUAUGUUAGCAGAAAACUGGUUGCUGCUGUCGCUAUGAUCCGAGUUGAUUAUUAUAUUGACCUUUGUGCUGAUUAAUUAGCCUAGAUUUUAUCCCAUUUCCUGAUAACAUCAUGGUGGUUCUUUGCUUGAAACAGAUGAGGAUGGCCACUAGUUCUUUCAUGGAAAAUGAAUGGAUUAAGAACACUGGACUGGUUAGAUAGGAAGCAAGGUAGCAUAUACUAGUGAUUUAAAAAUAGGCUGGAGCUGCACAAUAAGAUGAGCGGGCUGUUUAGAUGCUGUCUGAUUUGAAGGCCAAUCUUUUGUAUAAUUUCAUAAUUUCUACUAUAUUUUGUUCAACAUGGUAGGGUUGGGGGGAAUCUGGUCUGGAUCUUUUAGGAUAGGCAUUAUAUUGUAGGAGAAGAAUUACUUUUUAGCUUGGUAAUAAUUUGUUUAUUAAUAGUAAGAAUUGACAUAGGAGAGGCUGAUGCUUUUGUCUUGUAUCAUUUAUUGGAUUGGCGAUUUAUGUGUCAUAUUGUCAUGUAUAAUAUUGUGCUAUUCCCUUUUCC